AUGAUUUUAUCAGAACAAAAGGCAAAGCCAUUCGCACAAUUUAUGAUUUCGCCUCGCCAGGCACUGUUGAAAACUUGUUAUCACACUAAUUUUUUUUGCUCCGAGUCCAACAUCAUCACGGAGAGGUUGGCUAAGAAGCUGAAAAUUCAGUUCUCGUUGAUGAGUCCGCCGAUUGCUAUUUGCGGGCUCAAUGGUAUGAAGACAACAGUUAACACGGUUGUCCAGACGAAAGUGUCCUUUCGGGAUGGCGAGUUUUCUGCUAUUCUUGACUUCAUCGUAACGCCGUCUAUCACCAAGUUACCAACAGAGCUGGCAGACCCUACAUUCAAUGUCCCGGACGAUGUUGAUGUUAUUAUCGGAGCUGAGCUGUACUACGACGUUCUGAAGAAAGGACGUCUCAAGAUUGGGACCGACUUCCCGAUACUGGCUGAAACAGUAUUCGGGUGGGUCGUAAGUGGACCUGCGAAAACCCAGCAACCAGACAUCAAGAAACGAGUUUGUCAACUGAACACCACCCACGAAGACGUCAACCGUACCCUCUCCAAGUUCUGGGAAUUGGAGGUAGGGUAUUAUACUAGCAAGAUGACUGCAGCAGAGCGUGCAGUAGAGCAACACUUUGAAAGGACCCACAGCCGUAAUAGCGAGGGACGGUAUGUAGUCAGACUACCGUUCAAUGAUCGAAAGAGUCAACUAGGCAACUCAUACGAGAAUGCGAAGCGUCGUUUUGGGAGACUGAUGAUUAGUCUCGCCAAAUACCCCUCCAAACAAGAAGCCUACAAGCAGUUCAUGAAGGAAUACGUGGCUUUGGGCCACAUGCAGGAGGUCUCCCACGAUUUCGAUCAAGGUUACUUUCUGCCGCAUCACGCAGUUUAUAAGGAAGCCAGCUCUACUACAAAAGUACGAGUGGUAUUCGACGCCUCGGCGGCGUCAUCGACUGGCGUAUCACUGAACGACACUCAGCAGGUGGGUCCUACAGUACAGAGCGAUUUGAUUACUAUCAUGCUACGCUUCUGUACGCAUCAGGUAGUACUAACAGCGGACUUACCUAAAAUAUACCGUCAGGUACAAAUACACCCUGAUGAUCGAAAGUACCAGAGAAUUUUAUGGCUGAACGAAGUGAACGAAAUGUCUACCUUCGAAUUGACAACAGUCACAUAUGGCUGUUCUAGUGCUCCCUACCUGGCAACGAAGGCAUUGACACAACUAGCUACGGACGAAGCGUACAACUUUCCAGUGGCAGCACAAGUUGUCAAGGAGGAUAGCUAUAUAGAUGAUUUCCUUACGGGUGGCAGAUCAGCAGCAGAAGUCAAGGAAAUCUACAAACAGUUAACGGCUAUGCUGAAACGAGGUGGAUUCGGCGUGCACAAAUUUUGCUCCAAUAGCCUAGAAGUUCUACAAUUGAUUCCACUGGAGUUACAGGAGAAGCAGGUAGAUUUCGAGAUGUCCGAGAUCAACGACACCAUCAAGACUUUAGGAUUGAUAUGGAAUCCUGGCCAUGACUACUUCGUGUUCAACGUACCGCUCCCAUUGCUCAACGGAGGUAAGCCCACGAAAAGGAUAGUGCUCUCGGAGAUCAGUAAGCUUUUUGAUCCUCUGGAGUUUCUGGGACCGGUGGUGACAACUGCGAAGCUGUUGAUGCAGGAGCUAUGGCGUUUAAAGCUUGGCUGGAACGAUGAGUUACCCGAUGAACAAAUGCAGAUGUGGCUAGCGUUUCGUAAACAAUUAGUUGCAGUGCGACAGAUCAGGAAAAAGAGAUGCGUCAUCCCCGGUGAUGCCACGAAGGUCGAGCUACUUGGUUACUGUGAUGCAUCGAAACGCGCAUAUGGUGCGGUUCUGUACGUUCGGACUGAGGUCAGCGACGGCACAAUCAACAUUCAGUUAGUGUGCAGUAAAUCCCGAGUUGCCCCUCUUAAACCGAUGACUAUACCCAGACUCGAAUUAUGUGGGGCACUGGUACUGGCGCAGCUGGCUCAGAAGGCGAUUGUAUCCUUGAAAGUAAAGUUUGACAGCGUUACACUGUACUCCGAUUCGAUGAUUUGUCUUAGCUGGUUGAAAAAGUCUCCGGCGGUUUUGAACGAGUUUGUGUGCAAUCGAGUCGCUACUAUCGUCGAACUAACGCAGAACUACAAAUGGGAAUACAUCAGGUCCGAGAACAAUCCCGCUGAUGUGUUGUCACGAGGCCUGCAUCCGGAGCAGCUGAUUGAGGAAGAACUUUGGUGGAGAGCCGCACCAGAGCAGAGACAGCAUCAUGAAGUGGAAGAUGAAGGCGUGCCUUUGCUAGCAGAUAAUGAACUACCGGAACUACGGAGUUCGAAAAGCGUCCUUGCUACGAUCGUGGAGAAAUCGUGUAACAACUGGUGUCGAGUCAGCAACUUUAGUCGAUUGCAACAUGCUUGGGCAUACGUGUGGCGAUUUGUUGAAAUAGCCCGUACGAAGAAGAGAAAUCCUGUCAGCAAUCCGAUCACUGUUGACGAGUUGUCCAGAGCCACUAAAACUAUCUUCAAAAUUGUACAACAGGAGGAAUUCAAGGAGGAGUAUAAGUACUUGCAGUCAGGAGACAAGAAGCGAAACAAUUUGUCGAGUCUGGCACCCUUUGUGGACAACGAAGGUUUCAUCAGAGUUGGCGGACGACUGAAGUACUCAAACAUUCCAUACGAAGGCAAGCACCAACUACUGCUUCCGGAAAGGCAUCCGGUGGUUGAACUACUGGUCCGUCACUUACAUGAGAAAAACCUCCACAUCGGGCAGAACGCGUUGAUCUCAAUCGUUCGUCAGCAGUAUUGGCCGAUCAAGGUGAAGACAACGGUCAAGCGGAUUACUAGUCGAUGUUUUAGAUGUUACAAACACAAGCCACAGCAGUUGAACCAAUUCAUGGGCCAGCUGCCAAGUUACCGCGUCACACCUGCACCAGUAUUUGCUUCGACUGGCGUAGAUUUUGCUGGACCGUUCAUACUCAGGGAGAGUGGCAAGAAACCGAAGUUCGUAAAAGCGUACGUUGCGGUGUUCGUGUGCAUGGCCGUUAAAGCAGUACAUUUAGAGCUGUGCACAGAUCUGCGAUCAGAGACGUUCUUGGCAGCGUUACAGAGGUUUUCGAGUCGACGUGGCAUUCCAUCUGAUGUUUUUUCGGAUAAUGCCACUACAUUCACCGGUGCUGCUAUUCUGCUAACGUGCUAG